AUGACCGCCCCACGCUUCGUCAUUGGCGUGCUGUCCUCAGAUGCCGACAUCAUGCAAAUCUAUUCCGCGUUGAUGAUGGGCGGAUGCUCGGAGAUCUCGUUCGUCAAGGAACUGAAGUCGUCGUUGUUGUGCAAGGCACAGACUUGUGAAGCUGCUGAGCCCCAAACCAAGCUCGAUGCGUAUGAGCGUAACGACCCAAACCGCCGGAAGCGAAAGAGACCACAACCAGUAAGGGAGCACUCCCCCUCAUCCUCACCAUCAUCUUCUGGAGGUAUACCUGGGUCGAUGAUGGCUCCAUCGCCCGACGCGAAUCUGUCGCUCGUCCUGAAUGGAAUUGUCAAUGGUGAUAUGAUGAUCAAGGAGGAGCCGCAACAACUGUUCCACACCGAUACGGAGCCCGGACACUCGCCCUUGGUAUCAGAGGUAUUUGAAGGCGCUCCCCUACUCCUCAGCCAGGUUUUUGGAAUGGGAAAUUCCCAUGGACGAGAGAUCAUGCUCGACGAGAAUGAAGAUGAUGCUCUAAAUGCCGGCGAAGAGGCGUUCGACAUGGCAGGCCGAAAGAAAGGGCCGGUCGUAGAAUGCAUGAAAUGCCAGAGCAAAAUCAUCAUGCAGCAAACGCGUUCCCUUUUCCGACACAUUAUGACGCACGCCUCGCAGGAGCCCUAUCGCUGCUCAGAAUGUCUACAAAGUAGCGCCAACUCGUUCAACCUCCGCACCCACAUCUAUAGAAAGCACGAAGGGAACGCCGAGAUUCUACCCAAUCGCACAUCCGAAUUAGAAGCAGAGUGGCGCGAACUGGCUAAAGAAUGCUUCCCGCGCCAGCAAAAUCGAAUCGACAGGUGCAUCUCCUACUUUGUGCACUCCAGCGAAACGUUGCCGCUCAACCCCGGGCGCUCAAAGGAGAACAAAAUGCCA